UCCCAGUCUCCACUUUUAAUACGCGCUCCCACACAACUCCGGGUGAUGCAGAGCUAACUGGGAAUCUAGACCGACUGGCCGGGAAGACACACGAGCACCACAUUCAUGACCGAAUAUUUGGAUUGUAAUAUCAAUAAACCGUGGAAGAUUGAGAGAAAAUUGAAGAAAAACUUGGAAUCAAAUCUGAAUAUUUUUCCGUCUUGUUUCCAGGGGGAGUGAGUUACGAGGACAGCUCUAGUUUGACAUCAAACAGACUAGACCAGCAGCCUUCCACCUCCCAGCACCAUGCUGCUCAGACCACCCCUCACUGCUGUCUGGCUGGCCCUUCUACUCAGCUGCGGUAGUGAAGCCAAACCAAACGGAUCCAAGAACAAGAAACCAAAACAAGUGGUUCCAGCCAUAGAGUGUGACGUCCGGGCGGGGAAGAUCAACCUCCCAGAAUUCAUAGCUAAAUGCCCAUCUGACUGUAAACAGACAAAAAGUCAGGUUUAUGGGACAGGAGUCUUCGCUUCCAUCUCCAGCAUCUGUAACGCUGCCAUACACAGCGGUGUCAUCACUAACUCAGGGGGUAAAGUGAUUGUUAGGAAGAUGGCUGGACAGAACAUCUAUAAAGGCUCUAACUCCCACGGGCUCCGAUCUCUGUCUCUGCCCAAGUGGAGAGAGUCCUUCGUUGUCUCAGUUGGUAAGCCAAAGAAAGGAGUCAUCUAUCCAUCUUCUCUGGACUAUAUUCCCUCGAGACCUACCUACAGCAAAACAGGUCAGAAAGAGACCAAAGCCCCUGUGGUCACUACCGUAAUGCCGGCUACAACACCAGAACCCACCAGGACUACCACACCUCCACCCACUACGACCACCACCACACCUCCACCCACUACCACCACAACCCUCCCACCCACCACCACUACUACAACAACCAAGCCCCGCGCUGCUGUCCACAAAGCCAGGGAUACAGACAGCAGUCAUCCGUACUUUGCGUCUGUAGCAGCAGCCUCCAGUGCAAGUAAGUCCAGCCAGAUGUGCUACAGUUAUUUCCAAGAUUGUAAUGUUCAAAGUACACAUGAUGUUAUUCUCAACAUUGCCUCUAUAGGGCAGUCACAGAAUGGCCACGGAAAGGUGACAGCCCAAGCAAUCAGAGGCGGUACCUACACCAGUAGGUUUCCAUCACGAGCCAAAGCAGGUCUAAGGAGACCAGAGGCUGUCGGGUCUCCUACCAUCAGGAGACAACCAGUCCCCGGCCACCACUCUGGGACAGCUUUCAACCGAGUUGUACAGAUGGUCCCAGCAGAGAGGAACCAGCAGCAGCAACAGAACAACCCCACCUUGGCUCGUAGGGAUAGGCCGCCCACUUCCUUCGCACGACCUGAUUGGUACCCUGGAGCGAGACGGCCAACAGACGUAAGUCAAGCAGCUCCAGAUUCAGGCUACACAUGGAGCGAGGCGGAGACAGCGCCAGAGAUGACAGCCCGCGACCCCAGGCCUGAUAUCUCCGAGUAUGAACGCUGGUAUUAUAACUUUGGACAGUACCCACCCCAGUCCACAGACCCCGAGCCACAAGACACAACUCACACUAGAGUGGGACCAGUGGACUCCUGGAAACCAGAAGUGAACCCUUUUGAUUCAGGUUUCAGUGUGAGAGAGCAGGACUCACUACCCCGGGCCGACCCAGAGCCUGUUACUCAGGGAGACCCAAACUGUAAAGUUGACAUAGCAUGGCUGAUGGACGGUAGCUGGAGUAUUGGGAAGCGUCGCUUUAAGAUCCAGAAGGACUUCCUGGCUGAGGUGGCACAGGUCAUCAACGUGGGCAUGGCCGGACCCAUGAUGGGCGUCAUCCAAUACGGAGACGAUCCGGUCACAGAGUUCAGUCUGAAGGCCUACACUAACUCCAGAGAGCUGAAACCUGCCAUAGACAAGAUCACACAGAAGGGAGGGAUGUCCAAUGUGGGGAAGGCACUCUCCUAUAUCAACAAACAUUACUUCAGCGACGCCAACGGUAACCGGGGCGGAGCGCCCAACGUGGCUGUGGUUCUGGUAGACGGCUGGCCAACCGACAAGGUAGAGGAGGCAUCACGCCAGGCCAGAGAGUCUGGUAUCAACAUCUUCUUUGUGACCAUCGAGGGACCCGACGAGAACGAGAAGCAGAAUGUGGUGGAGCCGAACUUUGUGGACAAGGCGGUGUGUCGAACCAACGGUUUCUACUCCCUACCCGUGUCGAGCUGGUUCGCCUUGCGUAAGGCAGUCCAACCCCUUGUCAAGCGCGUGUGCGACACCGACCGUCUCGUCUGCAGCAAGACCUGCCUUAACGCAAACGACAUCGCCUUCGUCAUCGACGGAUCCAGCUCUGUGGGCACCGGGAACUUCCGGACCGUCCUGCAGUUCGUUGCUAACAUCACGCGGGAGUUUGAGAUAUCGGACACGGACACACGAGUCGGCGCAGUACAGUAUACGUACGAACAACGGCUGGAGUUUGCCUUCGGCCAACACAACAACAAGGCCGAUCUGCUUAACGCCAUAAAGAGGAUUAAUUACUGGAGUGGUGGGACCAGUACUGGAGCGGCUAUCACCUACGCAGCAGAGCAGCUGUUCAGCAAGUCCAAACCCAACAAACGCAAGAUCAUGAUCGUUAUCACCGACGGGAGGAGCUACGAUGAUGUCAGAGCUCCAGCGUUGGCCGUCCAUCGCCAAGGUGUGAUAGCGUACUCCAUCGGCAUCGCCUGGGCAGCGCAGGACGAGCUGGAAUACAUCGCCACCGACCCCGACAAGGAGCACUCCUACUUCGUAGACGAGUUUGACAGCCUCUACAAGUUCGUCCCCAAGGUGGUCAAUAACAUCUGUCAGGAGUUCAACUCACAGCCACGCAACUGAGCUGAGCAGGGAGGGCACCUUAUUCCCUAUAUAGUGCACUACUUUUGAACAGGGCCCCUAGGGCCAUAGACCCGCCUUGCUUACGUACACCUAUACUUAUAAAUCUGUGCUUACAUAUCAAGGAAACAAGGAAGGAAGGAAGAAUACGUCUGUAAAGUUUUGAAACAGGGGCUUAGGGGCUGUAGGGAGGGGGUUAGAUAUUUGUAUUAGGAUCCCCACAAACUAAUUAGCAGCACUAUCAUGGAGACAGGACAGGGUCUGUACAAAAUGUAUUAGCGGUAAGUUACCAACAUGAAACAUUGUUGUAAUAGUUGGUUCUGAAUGGGUAAUAGUUUAAUGCCCAUGGGAGGUUAUUGGUUUGAAGGCAGUGGGCAUAGGAACAUUAAUAAAAUUGGCUCACAACGAUUCAACUUUGGCCAUGUGAUCUCAACUGUUGUUGGUGUUCUGGUAACAGUCAGGGGGUGUUUAAUGUUCUCAAUCCUAAUCAUGUAACAUAACUGAUGAAAAAGUAAAACCACCUGGACGUGGUGCUUACCUGUGUUGAGGUCAAUGUAAUAAUUUUUUAAAAGUGGUUUUAUUUUCCACGUCCUAAUAAACUGAAAAAGGAUAAACUA